ACCCCGCCCAGGAUCAGGCGAGGGGGAACGGGCUGGGCUGCGGCUGCCAACUCGCGCUUAGCGCGUGUGCGAACUCCCCGAGCGGCGUCCGGCGCCCGGCUUCCUCCCUGCGGGGCGCGCGCUCCUCGCUCCCCGGGCCCGCGGCCUCCCCCGCAGCCCUUCCCCACUUUUCCCCCCUUUGGCAAUCACAUGGCAUUUUAAGAAUGCCGGAAAGAUGGCGGUAGCGGCGGCGGCGGCAGCGGCGGCAGCGGCGGCGGCGGGGCCGAGCGGGGGAGGCGGCCGGGCGCCGCGGAGCGGGCUGCUGGAAGUUUUGGUGCGGGAUCGCUGGCACAAAGUUCUGGUGAACUUGAGCGAGGACGCCCUGGUUCUGAGCUGCGAGGAGGGCGCCGCGGCGUACAACGGCAUCGGGACCGCCACCAAUGGCUCGUUCUGCAGGGGCGCCGGCGGCGCGCAGCCCCCGGACUCGCCCGCCGGGGUCCGUACCGCCUUCACCGACCUGCCGGAGCAGGUGCCCGAAUCCAUCUCCAACCAGAAGCGCGGCGUGAAGGUGCUGAAGCAGGAACUGGGCGGGCUGGGCAUCAGCAUCAAGGGGGGCAAGGAGAACAAGAUGCCCAUCCUCAUCAGCAAGAUCUUCAAGGGGCUGGCGGCGGAUCAGACUCAAGCCCUGUACGUGGGCGACGCCAUCCUGUCGGUGAACGGGGCCGACCUGCGGGACGCCACCCACGACGAGGCGGUGCAGGCGCUGAAGCGCGCCGGCAAGGAGGUGCUGCUGGAAGUGAAGUACAUGCGAGAAGCCACACCCUAUGUGAAGAAAGGCUCCCCAGUAUCAGAGAUCGGCUGGGAAACACCUCCGCCCGAAUCCCCUCGGUUAGGGGCCGGGUCCUCAGAUGCCCUGUCAUCACAGCCGUGCUCCUUCCACAGAGAUCGGAAGAACAUCCCCCUCAAGAUGUGCUAUGUCACCCGGAGUCUGGCCUCUGCUGACCCUGAGAACAGGCAGCUUGAAAUCCACUCUCCAGAUGCUAAACACACGGUGAUCCUAAGGAGCAAGGAUUCAGCCACUGCCCAGGCCUGGUUCAGUGCCAUCCAUUCCAAUGUUAGUGACCUGCUGACCCAAGUGAUUGCUGAGGUCAGAGAGCAGCUGGGGAAAACAGGCAUUGCUGGGAGCCGAGAGAUCAGGCAUCUUGGCUGGCUUGCAGAUAAGGUGCCCGGGGAGAGUGAGAAGCAGUGGAAGCCGGCACUGGUCGUACUGACCGAGAAGGACCUUUUAAUCUAUGACAGCAUGCCGCGGAGGAAGGAAGCCUGGUUCAGCCCAGUUCACACGUACCCUCUUCUUGCCACCAGGCUGGUCCAUUCAGGUCCAGGCAAAGGAUCGCCCCAGGCUGGUGUGGAUCUGUCCUUCGCGACACGAACGGGCACCAGGCAGGGGAUUGAAACACACCUGUUCAGGGCCGAGACCAGCAGGGACCUCUCCCACUGGACGAGGAGCAUCGUGCAGGGCUGCCACAACUCGGCGGAACUGGUCACCGAAGUCACUACCGCUUGCACCUACAAAAACCAGGAGUGCCGCCUGACCGUACAUUAUGAGAAUGGAUUUUCUAUUACCACUGAACCACAGGAGGGUGCCUUUCCCAAGACAAUCAUGCAGUCUCCCUAUGAAAAGCUGAAAAUGUCUUCAGAUGAUGGAAUCAGGAUGCUGUAUUUAGAUUUUGGAGGCAAAGAUGGAGAGAUUCAACUGGACCUUCAUUCCUGCCCCAAGCCGAUUGUUUUCAUCAUUCACUCCUUCCUGUCGGCGAAGAUCACAAGACUGGGCUUGGUGGCCUGAACAGAGCAGAGGGGUGACUUGCCUUAGAGAAAAGGAGGGCUGGUGACAUGGGACACCAAGAGCACACACCAUUUGGCUUGCCACAGUCAGCUUUGGAUCCCCAAGUCCUCUCACCUGCCCCAGACUUCUCUGACAGCUUCACUGAUGACAAGGGGGGCUCCCAAGAAAACACCAUGAGGAAUAUCAGAAAGAAAACGGGCUUUUUAGAAUAGUAGAAGGGUAAAGAGGUGAGGGCAAAUGGAAAUAAAUACACAGCCUAGCUUUGAAAUAAUGACAAGCAAGGACAUCACAAACAUGAGAACAGCGCGUGCAGAUCUUAAUCAUACCAGUUUCUAGGCAACUGGUUCACCCAGGUAAGCAAGAGCUGAAUAGUUGAGGAAUGGACAUUUUCACCUCUCUCGCCCCCUGUAACAAUGAUCCCUUGUUUUAUUGUGAUUUAUUGCCUACUUCUAAUUGAGUUGACUUCUGCUGGUAAGGAAAGAGAAGUGCUUCAAAUGGAAACCCACCUUCUAUUUUAAGUAUGAAGCAGCUGUAAUUCUUUUCUUAAUGAAUUAUCUUUCAAUGAUGUAGAGUGAUCCUGAAGUAUUCUCAUUAGCAUAUGCUGAGCAGGAAUUAAAUAAAGCAUCAGAUACUGAUCUGAGCUGGAAGCUGGUGGAAUCUGAGCCAAAGUAGACUGUUUAUAUUGCAAAGCUUCACGGUGCAGAAGAGUGGUGUGCUUGAAAGACGAUUAAUCUGGGGACUGCACUCACACCAAGGUGUGCUAUCUUAGAGCCAAGACUGAUAGCUUUACUUACAGAAAGCAAAUUAUGGAUAUUUUUUUUAAAAGAUUGUCAUUUGAGAUGUAUAUGUAACAUAUAUAUCUCAUAUAUAUAACAUAUAUAUAAACAACUCACAUGUGGUUAACAAUUGUCCCCAUUCCGUGGUUUUCAGUGGAAGUACUGAGCAAUUCAUUGACCCUUGUUUCUGCCUUGCUUGUAUGCAUGCAUUUUCAAACCAGUCCUAGAGCAGCCUCAUAUAAUUCUGACAGUAUCCACAGCUCUUAGGCAUUCCAGGGAAAUAAUAUAACGACCUGAUUAUUUUUCUACAAGAAUAUUUUUAGACAACAUAGAGUGUAUUACUGAUUUAACGCUUUUAUUUUUACCUUUCAAUACAAAUUCACCAAAAGACACCUAUAUUAUUUGAUUUUGGAGUCACCUUCCUGGAACCUUAAAAAUUAGCUCUAGAGUUUCUGUAAGCAUUUGCAACUCUUCUUUCCCCUGUAGUUUAUAUAAACAAAUGCUCUGGAUUUGAUCUGUGUGUUUUUUUCAGAAUUGUCCUUCAGCAAAUACCCAUGCAAAGAGCUUUUAAAAGUGAAACUGUUUUAAAGGAAUGUAAUUUUGCCCACUGAGACACAUAUGUUUAUUGAGUUACAAAGCAGCGUCCAAAGUAUGUAUCAUGUAACACUAGUUCCAAAGGGCAUUGACUUAGAGGUGUUUUGGGGAGGGGGUGGUGGUGAGAAUGAGGUUUGAUGAUCAAAAAUGUGUUAAAUAUGGAGGUAAGAAACAGAUUUCAUGAUCGUGGGCCUCCUCAAAGACUUUAAUGUACACAUUGUAAUUCUUCAAGGGGGGAUCCUGUGUACUUACAGAGCUCCUUUCUGACAGAGCAUUUUGUGAAGCAAGUGUUUUAAAAAAACAAAAACAGGGCAUCUGGCUGGCUCGGUCGGUAGAGCAUGUGACUCUUGAUCUCAGGAGCCUCGGGUUCAAGCCCCAUGUUGGGUGUAGAGAUUACAAUAAAAUAAAAUAAAAUAAAUAAAAAAACACUUCGGGAAGCACAGCUUUAGGUCACUGAUUUUUUUUUUUUUUUUGGUUUCCCAUUUUAAAAUGCUGAAGAGUGAAGUCCCACCCUGAAUAUUAUAGGAAAGCUUUGAUGCAUUUAUAAAUUAUACUGCACUCUUUCAUUACAUAUUUUCGAAGGCACUGGAAUGUUGUUAUACAAGAGAAUUAUGCAUUGUAAAUAACAUUAAAAUACAUAUGUUAAUGCCAAUAGUUCAAUUCAACAAUAUGUAAUUUAAGGUGCUCAGUACUACAUGAAGUAUGAGUUACUUAUAAUUAAAUUGCAAAGAUCCUAUUCUAUAUUUAUAGAAAAGUUAAAAUGAUAAUUACAAAUAUUUCUUCAUCACUUAUGUUUUAGACUGAUUAAUAAAUGGGUGGGGGUCAACAAAUUACAUUCUCUGCAUUUAUAAAAACUUAAUUUAAAUAUUUAUAUUUUAGAAAAAAUACAUUUGAAUAAAUUAAUGCAUUUUCUGAAUUAAAAUGUAUUAGCAAGAAGUAGACAGUUUUACUAAGAGAAUUGUGUAUAUGAAUCCUUGUUUUUUCCUUCAUAGUUAAGUGUAUCAUAUCAGAGUGGCUAUGAUGAAUCAAUUUCAAAUACUCAUUUUUCCUUGUUCUGAAUUGAGGAAAUUACAUAAUGAUUUUACACUGUAGGUUUUAAUCUUGUCUUCAUGUGUGUUAUGAAUGUUGUGAAUGACACACAGACGUCUGGAUCAUGCCUGGGUACAGUCAGUGAAUCAACUGAUUCAUUUUGGGGAAUUUGUUUUUGUCCAGUCUGCUCUGUGCUUAAUCCAUUUCUUAUUUGAAUCAAUGAAUUAUUAAAUUCACGUUUGUCCCUUUAAGGCCAAAUCAAUACAAAUGGCUGAUGUUUCAUCUGUACUUAGUGGCAAGCCACCCAUUCGCUGGUAGAUGAGGUGAGCCUUAAGCAUCCCAGGGAUUUAAAGAAGGCCAAUAGGAAUACAGUUAGCAAUCUCUUUUCUGACUUGAACUAAGUGGAAAAACCAUCAACCUCUUAAAAACACCCAGGUAGAGGCGUUUAAUUAAUUCUUUCGGUUGAUGUAGUUAAAAUGCUGAACAAUGCAUUCACCCGAAAUGAACGAGCAGAGCCUUUCUUUUACAAAUAUUAGGGAUUCCAUCUUGAGGGGAUUGGAGUGGACUGGGGUGAGGGAGUAAUAUUUGAAUGUACGUUGAGUUAAAAAAAAAAUGUGCCUAGGGGCGCCUGGGUGGCUCAGUCGUUAAGCAUCUGCCUUCGGCUCAGGUCAUG